CGUGACGUACUUCCUCCACGGCGCUCGUCCGGCCCGGUCGCUUCUCUCCGCCCGGGGCCGCGGGGUGGGAGCGGGCCCGGGGGGGCCGCAGGGAGCCGGGGAGGGCCUGAGGAGCUGGGCCGGGGCCGGAGGGAGCCAGGUCGGGAAUGAGGAGCCGCCGCAGCCCGCACAGGUCAUUUAUUCCAGUCACAAUAAUUUAACUAGCCAGUAUCUGGAUUAAAAAAGAAAAAAUGAUGUCAAGACAGGCCUUCCUCUGCAGUCUGGGAUCUCUGUAUCUGUCCCUUCUGUUUGUAUUUCUUCUAAUGGAUGUUUAUGCAAGGCCUGCAAAUAACUCAGCCCUCAAAGAAAAGGCAGCUGACAGUAAAGAUGAGAAUGAGAUCUUGCCCCCAGAUCACUUGAACGGGGUCAAAAUGGAGAUGGACGGACAUCUUAACAAAGAAUUUCAUCAAGAAGUUUUUCUGGGAAAAGAGAUGGAAGAGUUUGAGGAAGAUUCAGAACCCAGAAAAAAUAGGAAGAAGCUCAUGGCCAUCUUUUCAAAGGUGGAUAUAAAUAACGAUAAAAAGAUAGGUGCUAAAGAGAUGCAGCGCUGGAUCAUGGAAAAGACGGAUGAACAUUUCCAGGAAGCUGUGGAGGAGAAUAAAAUGCAUUUCCGAGCUGUGGACCCUGAUGGUGAUGGCCAUGUGUCCUGGGAUGAAUAUAAAAUCAAAUUCUUGGCAAGUAAGGGAUUUAAUGAAAAAGAGAUUGCAGAGAAGAUCAGAAACAAUGAAGAGCUGAAAAUAGAUGAAGAAACACAGGAAGUUUUAGAUAACCUGAAGGAUCGAUGGUACCAAGCUGACAACCCACCUCCUGAUAUGUUGUUGAAUGAAGAAGAAUUCUUGUCAUUUCUUCACCCAGAGCAUAGUAGGGGAAUGCUGAAGUUCAUGGUCAAAGAAAUCAUCCGAGAUUUGGAUCAAGAUGGAGAUAAGAAACUUACCCUCUCAGAGUUCAUUUCGUUGCCUGUUGGUACUGUAGAGAACCAGCAAGCUCAAGACAUUGAUGAUGAUUGGGUAAAAGACAGAAGGAAGGAGUUUGAGGAGGUCAUUGAUGCAAACCACGAUGGUAUUGUCACAAUGGAAGAGCUGGAGGAAUAUAUGGAUCCUAUGAAUGAAUACAACGCCCUAAAUGAAGCGAAGCAAAUGAUAGCAGUAGCAGAUGAAAAUCAAAACCACCACUUAGAGCUGGAGGAGAUCCUAAAAUAUAGUGAAUACUUCACAGGCAGCAAACUUAUGGACUAUGCACGUAACGUCCACGAGGAGUUCUGACCCUGCUCGCUUUUCCAGAGUUCUGAAGCACUUUCCUGCUUUCAAAAUAAAAAUAAAGGAAUAAAAACCAACACUCACAAACAGACAGAAAAUUUCCUUGCUGCUAUCUGUGUUUAUAUGCGUACAGUGUGGUGUACUAGACUAAAAAAACUUCCGUCCAUAUAGAAGAUCUACAGCUUUGCCUUCGGUAUGUUUAAAAAAAAAAAAAAGUUGAUUAAAUAAUGAGGCAGGUACUGGACUAUGGUGGUUCACCCUGUUUUGUACAGUUAAUCCAGCUGAAGUUUCAGCUGCUUUUUGCUAAUUGUAUUUGGUGGAGGUAUAUUAAAUAUUUAACUUCUCUUGUUGCCCUCAUGGCUGCUGAUCCAUGGAAAUCACAAGUAACAGUGAAAGAUGUUGGCUUUUGUAAAGGGGAUUGCAGCUCACAUGCGUGUGUUCUGGCCCCAUGAGGAUAUCCAUUCAUAGACUGGUUGGAAAUACUUUUGUUUUGCUCAACAAAUUAUACAGUUGUAUUUUGUUUAUGGUCAUAACCAUUUCAGAAUGUUUUAGUUACGAAAAUCAGUAAAUUUUAUCAGGUUGCUGCUGCCUGGACUGUUCUUGCUGUGUGUGUUUUUUUUCCAGUUAUGCUCAGUUCUUUUACUGUCCCACUGCUCUGUGUAGUCAAUACACAUUUAAUGGUUUAUGUACUCAGCAUCAGUGGGUUCCUUGUUUUUUGUCAUUGUUUGUGUCUCAGAAGUUCAGUUCUUACUGGAUUUUACUUUGCUUAACACUGUUAUUAGCUUGCUAUGUCCGAUAAGUGCUGUUCUCUUAUCUAUCUCCAGUAACUGUUACAGCUACUCAAGAGUCAGGAGAAAAGAGAUGAUAGCCAUGUUCCUGAGAUUCCUAAAUUCAGCAGGGAUAACUUGGCUAAUCUUCCAGUAUUUUUCUUAAGGCAUCUCAACCCAGCGAUGCGUUUUUGGCAAUAUAAUACAAGUUCUCCUUCCAUCACUGAACAGUUUUUAAGAGCUGUGGGGAAGAACUUACGUUAAAUGUUACAGAGAAACUCGUCCACAUCUACUUUAAAAAGAAAGCUGGUGACAGGAUUUGUAACUGCACUGAAUGUGGGAGGCUUGAGAUUACUUAGGUCUCUAAAAAGAAAAAAAAAAUAAGAUUUCAUAAUGAGACACUGGGGAAGGUUUCUGUGUAGACUUCAGAUACUGCACAGAACAACGGGGUUCACCUAGGUGUAUGAUUCCUACUUAACUACAGUUUAUUGUUGAAACUGGUAUAGUUACUUGUUUCUGUGCAGAUAAUUCUUUCAGAAAAGUCUUUAUUGACGCUGAAUGGUAAUGCUGGGGGAAAUACAGGCUUUGCUUUUUGAAUUGCUUUUGUUAGAGCAACGUGCAGUCAGCAUUUGAGAAGCUUUUUAAUCAGUCUAUUUUUGGGUAGUCUCUGAAAGCAUCAUGCAAUGCAAAGGUCAUAUCCACUGUCUAAACAGAAAA